GAAAGGCACUUGAGGGACCUGUGGGGCUUUGGAGGAGGUGGGAGCCUCGAAUCCAAUCCCACCCAGCAGUUUUGCAUAAAUAAAUAAAUCAUCGGCAGAGAAAGGGAGAGCAGAGGAGGUUGCUUUGGGAAGCCGUGCAGCCAGCAUAUCUGAGACAGAGAGAGGAGAGGAGAGAAGAGAGAGAGAGAGUGUGUAUGUGUGUCAUAUUACAGAGAAGUCAGGAACAGCCACAGUACAACUCCCAAUCAUUUGAGAAUUACCUCUCUCUAAUGGGGACCUCCAUGCACAAACUGUUGCCUGCUCUGCUAAGGAACUGAAAACUUAUCAAACAAAGAGGGAGGGAGGAAAAACAGAGACAACAAACGAGGCUGAAAGACAAACAACAACAACAACAACAACAACAGCCCUGAUCAGAUUGUUUCCCCUCCCCUCCCAAAAAAACUCCAAAACUUUUCUGGAGUUUGAUUUUUCCCCUCGGAAGGGGAAAAUUCUUUUCCCUUCACCUCCUUUUGAUCCCUAUACAUUUUUGUUUGGUUUUGUUAGCUGUCCUUUUUUUUCUUUUCUUCCUUCAGUGGCAUUUGGGAUCCCCUUGGACGGUGCUCUUUUCAUGCGUUCUGGAUUGUACUUCUGAGAGGAAGAUUGCAGCUUUAUUUAUACUAUAUUUAUUUAUUUAUUGCCUCUCAGGCCAGGGAAGGAAUGGUGGUGGAGGAGAAGGGCUGGAAGGGGGCUGCUCCUGGUGCCUUGGAGAGCGGCUGCCUCACACAUCCCAGGACAGGAGAUGGGGAAAGAUGCUGUAAGAUACCUCUUCUGCUGAGCUCUGGGCUGCCUGGAGUAUCUUUACUUUCUUUGGUGCUGAGCCUCCUGCUGUACUUCAGGACGUCGGACCUGCAAUCCAGGGUUUCAGAUUUGGAGGCAGACAGAUCCACUCCGCUGCCUGCCUGCCUCUCCGCAGACCAAAUGGAGACAGCUAUUUUGGGAAGAGUUGACCAACUGCUUGCUGAGAGAUUACAGUUCAACAUGCCAAGACAUCGGGAAGCUAGAGACAUCCACCAGCGAUGCAACUGUCCUGCAGGCCCCCCUGGUCCUUCAGGAAGACCUGGGCUUCCGGGAGACAAAGGCGCCAUGGGGAUCCGUGGACUACCGGGACUAAAGGGGCAACCUGGAGAGAAGGGAGCCCCAGGAGAAGCCGGCAUAUCCAUCAUCGGUCCCCGUGGCCCACCAGGACAGCCUGGAACAAGAGGUUUUCCUGGGUUUCCGGGUCAGAUUGGUUUAGACGGCAAACCAGGGCAACCUGGACAGAAGGGAGAAGUGGGCCCAGCUGGUCCCAAAGGACAACCAGGAACUGCUGGACAAAAAGGAGAAAAGGGUCAAUGUGGAGAUUAUCCACACAGGGAAUACCUAAGCACCACACUUGCAGCCCUGCGUUCUAAUCAGAUCCUUACACUGAAGCUGUUGCCUCUUCUCAAUUCAGUGCGGCUGGCUCCACCCCCAGUCAUAAAGAGACGCACCUUCCAGGGUGAACAGGGACAGGCAGGAAUCCAAGGGCCUCCAGGGCCACCUGGGCCACCAGGCCUCCCAGGGACUCCAGGACAACCUGGACCAACUGGACCAGCUGGAAAAGCAGGAGAACCAGGGAAGCCUGGCAAGGAUGGAAAGGGCUUGCCAGGACCUCCUGGACCAAAGGGGGACCCUGGAAUUCAGGGGUACCAUGGAAGAAAGGGUGAGGUGGGUGAGGCUGGCUUACCUGGCACCCCUGGCCUUCCUGGUCCUUCUGGCCCAAAGGGUGAAAAGGGGGAGCCUAGCAUGAAGGGGGAGAGGGGCAUGCCAGGGCUACCAGGAAAACAAGGAGUUCAGGGGGAUCCUGGAAUUGCGGUGGCAGGCAUGAAGGGUGAGCCAGGGAUUCCAGGAGCAAAGGGAGACCGUGGAGUUGCAGGGAAGAUGGGCCCCCCAGGUUUGCCAGGGAAAAGGGGGCAGAGGGGCGAGAAAGGAAAACCUGGUGAUCCGGGACCUCCUGGAACCGUAGGACAAAAGGGAGAUAAGGGAGAUUCUGACAAUGCACUUGGAGGAGGUAAAGGGGAACCUGGACCCCCUGGUUUACCUGGACCUCCAGGACCAAAGGGUCCCAAGGGUGAACCAGGAAAGAAUGAAAUGGUAGAUUACAAUGGCAAUAUCAAUGAAGCUUUACAGGAGAUACGAACCUUGGCUCUUAUGGGACCUCCUGGACUACCUGGUGUCGCAGGUCCUCCAGGACUACCUGGACAGAAGGGUGAAAUUGGCCUGCCUGGUCCUCCCGGACAUGAUGGAGAAAAGGGUCUUGAUGGCUUAGCUGGAGAAAAAGGUGAUCAGGGGAUUCCAGGACCUCUAGGCCUAACAGGUCCAAUCGGACUUCCAGGAUUAACAGGAGAGAAAGGAGAACCUGGUGCAAAAGGAGACACUGGAGAUUCAGUACCAGGGCCCCCAGGGCCCCAAGGCCCACCAGGAACACCAGGUCUUCAAGGUGGUCGAGGACCUAAGGGGGAAGCAGGCAUUUCUGGAAUGAAAGGCGAAAAGGGUGCCCAGGGAGAAAAAGGAGACCGAGGUCCUCUGGGAUUGCCCGGUGCUUCAGGUUUAGACGGCAGGCCUGGCCCACCGGGUACUCCGGGACCAGUUGGAGUUCCAGGGCCAGCAGGACCAAAAGGAGAGAGGGGCAAUAAAGGAGACCCCGGAACAGCAGGACCAACAGGACCAGCAGGACUUCCUGGUUCACAAGGCUCGCCAGGUGAAAAAGGAAACCGGGGGGAAAGGGGCAAGAAAGGCUCUAGGGGGCCUAAAGGGGAUAAGGGAGACCAAGGAGCACCUGGAUUAGAUGCACCCUGCCCAUUGGGGGAAGAUGGCUUGCCAGUUCAAGGAUGCUGGAAUAAGUGAAGAUUCUAACCAUGGACUGGCCUGUGUGUGUAUGUGUGUUUGUGCAUAGAAUAUUUAUUUUUAUACAGUGUUCUUUUUGGAAGUGCCAAAAGAUAAUGCAUUUUUCAAAUUAUAAAGAGCUGCAUAUUUUUGUACAGAAAAUGCUACUUUUUCCCCUUUUUAUCUGAUUGUCAGUCAUUUGUAUCGUUAUAUGUAUAUUGAUACUAUGCUACUUGCAUUGUGGAAUACAGCUGCAAUAUUUGCAUGAUAUUUGUGCACUCAUACUAAGUGAUACAGCUAAAUAAGUUAUUGCAUUAAGGUGCCAGGAAGAAUCACUCUAUUUACAUAGGAAGACCAACAAAGCCAUUUGACAAUGAAUGCAAGAACAAUUUAAAAUACUAUGGACUUUCAUUAUUAAAAUGAAAUGAAAUUAACAUUUGUAAAAUAAAUCAUAUAUAUAUAUAUAAUGGUAUUUCAUGGGAAAACUUAAGCCAACAAAGUGAGAAACAGGGACCACCUGUGUUUAACCCUAUUGCCAGCAGAGGGCACCACUGAUGAAAUAACUAAAUUUGUAGGAGAGAAUUGGAUAACAAAACAUGCACAUACAUAAAGCACUGAUCUUCUAGAAUCAGUUAAAGCAAAGGUUAACAUUUCAAUGAGGAAGUCAUUGGUGGAAACAGCAGGCUUCCGAUACACAACUAAGUGCACAAUCUUGUACACCCUUACAAUAAGGAAGUUGGUCCCACUGAACUCAGUAGAAACUUCUAGCAUUCACAAUAACCCUUUUCAGUUCUUGGACAUCUUUUAAAAGCUGCUGCCUCUCUUCCCAUGCACUGCUGCUCUUCAAAUAUUUCAUUCUAAGGAGCAUUAAAUGUUAUUGCACUAAGAUGCAUUUAUUCAGCAUUUCCCUGUUUGCCCCUGCACCCUGCAAGAUCUCACAACCCAAACAAUGGCUGUUUUCUUCUGGUUUUAACACAUGUUGCUUCUUGUCCUCACUUCAGUGCCAAACUAAAGGUAAUGCAGGAGACUAAAAUAAUUAAUUGUGGCCACUAUCAAUUAAAACACAUGAACCCAAGAGGCCCAGACAGGCAAUCCAUGAUAAGGAUCUCAAGGUCACAUCUAUUUGAACCCUCAGUUCAGUUUCCCUUGACAUUAUUAACAUAUGAUAGAUUCUUAACUAAAUAUAUGCUGACCACUUCACACAGAGGAAAGAGCAGCUCUCUGGUCAAUCCACUGAAACCAGGACAAACCCACAGCAGGAUAUGCUUUGGCUUGGUAGGUCAUGUGGUGUGUGUGCCUCAGCUGAACAUUUCCAAUUAUUUUCUCAUUUCCCCAUGUGACUCGUCAUUCUUCUCAUAUCCUUCUAAAUCUCUUCUGGCUUCUCAGCAUUUUCUUGAACUUUAGUAUGGAGAACAUAGUACUACAAGGGAAGGCUUAGCCUUGUGUAGAUUACUGCUAUGUAUUUCUCUAGUCUUGGAAGCAGUACUAGUUAUGUAUACUAUAGACGCAGACCAGUAUUUUAAAAGAUGUCACUCAGUUCAUGCACCAUGCAAAUUCCCCAUCAUGACUACCACCAAUAUCCACACUAAUGACAGAUCCGCAACAUACAUUUAAAGCAUACCCAACACACAUUGAAAGAACAUUACUUUCUCCAAAGAAUCCUGGGAACUGUAGUUUAAAAAAGACAGAACUGUAGCACUGUGAAGGGGGAAACUACAGAUCCUGGGAUUUUUUGGGCGAGUUAUGUGCUUUAAAUUUGGAUGGUCUUUAAAUAUAUGGUGUAUAUCUGCCCCAACUCUGCAGCUGACAAUUCAAAAUGUGCACUGCAUCUCCAUGAUGCACCCCAAAUGAAUCGUUAUGAAACCCAACUCAGAUUUAGUUCACUAUCAGGGCACAACAGGAAACUAGACUGUUCCUGGUUUACAAUGUCACUAUUCUGAGUAGAGCAAAGGAUUGUGCAACAUACUAGCUGCAGUCCACUCACAUUAUUUCAGGGAGGUGUGAUAGAUUCCCAUCAUUUUCAUAAAAGGGAUGGCACAGGUGCAAAACCCAAAAUAGCCAAGUGAAAAAUACUUGCUGCUAAGGAUUAUAAACGUUUAUGUUUAAGUGGAGCCCAGUGGAACACAGAUAAAAUUAGAUUUGAGAUUUUGCAUAGUUUUAAGUACAUGAGAGCAGCACUUUUACUAAUAUCUGAAAGGACAUUUCUAUAUGAAAUAAUAUAUCUGUCACUUAAAGGGUCAAACUCCUUGGCUGAUAGCCAAAUAAUGAAACAAGUAAGAGAGUGGAGAUAUUUGUGGAAGGCCUACAGUGGUGACAGAAGAACAUCCUGCUUGAAGGUUUGCUGAAGCUAUUGAAUGAGUUGCCUCCAAGGAGCACGGAAGUAUUCUUGAGCCACGCGCACCAGAGUUUUGUUCCUGAACAGUGGACCUGGUGAGGCUACAGAAGAUGGACACCCCAGUGGUUUUUGCUCUCUCCUUCCAGAGGUCGGCACCAGUGCCAGAUGUGAGAGAAACUGGCUUCUGUUUCAUCAUUUUUCAUUCAAUUCAGUCUGUUAUGAUAAUAGGAGCCUUCAUCCAAAAAUCUUGACAUGUCAUGCAGCAGCUGAUGUGAAGAACAUUAGGACGUAAGACAACUUUCUGUGGUUGCUGCUUUUUUCAGAAGAGGGGCUAUUUUUCUCAUAUUUCUAAGCAAUAAACUUGAAUAUUGAUUCUGAAAAGCAGCUCAGUGAAGAUACAGCAACACUUUGCCAUCUUUCCUGGUUGCCCAGUGACAAACAUUCAUUUACUCACGUGAUGAUUCCAUCCUUAACCUUUUCAUGGCUUCUCUUCAAAAGCUACCAUUUAUUUUUCUGCAAGAAAGUUAUUAUCCUUUUGGUGUACUAGAAGUUAAUUUUAAAUUUGAUAAAUGUUUGAUUUCCUUUUUACAUAAUUUUAGUUCUACUCAUUUUCAUACAUUUUUCAUACUAGAAACAUAUUUGUCAUGAAGUAUUUGCUGCCAUGAUAAAACUCUGUUCAAUUUCUCUAGGUUCCCUUUUCAGUGGAACUACCCCAGUGCUAAAAACAUAAGGGUACCACUUUAACAGACUGUACAAGUUUAUGGGACAAAAGAUUGGGAGGGGGGAAUAUAGCUUUCCAAUGUGCUGACAAUUUUAAUGACAACUUCGCCCCUUUUGAAUUUUGAUAGUUUUGUAAUAUCAUCUGAGUUAUUUAAGAAGUUUCAAGUGGAUGCAAUGUAGUCCCAGUAACUUACUAUUUUGUCAACUAGGUUUAAAACUUCUACUGAUUCCUGUA